GUGUUGCUAGGAGCCGCACUGACAGACAGCAGGAUGUUGAGGAUUAAACUUCAUAUUUUGGCGUUUUUGCUGCUUUUUUUGGGACAAAACGUAACGUUUGCUCUUCAGAAUGUGACCGCGGAGCUUUUCGGGACCGCAAACUUCGGAUCUGUGGCCGCUUUCGGUGACUUUAACUCGGAUAAACAGACGGAUAUCUUCAUCAUCAGGGAGCGUUCUGAAGUGUUGAUAUUCUUGGCUGACUCCACAUCCCCUUAUUUUAAGCCCAAAGUUCAGAUCAAAAAGGACGUUUUGCCAAAGGACACCGUCAUCACCAGCGUCGUUCCUGGAGAUUAUGAUGGAGACUCUCAGAUGGAUGUUCUUCUCACGGCUACGAUCAAAUCCACAAAAACAACAGUUUUUAUCUUCUGGGGGAACAACCACACAUUAGAGAUGUCUGGGUUCCUCACGCUGAACAAGAACUUUACAGAUGAGCCUCUUAUUAUGGAUUUCAACGGGGACAUGAUUCCUGAUGUUUUCGGCGUCACCACUCCUCCCGCCACUGAAAUCUGUUACCUCACUGACAGAAACCCCACCUGCCACACUGCCCUGAGUUCCCCCGUCAACAUGCGGAUACCUCACUCCAACGCCUUCAUCGACCUGAACAAGGACUUCACUGCCGAUUUAUUCUUGACAACUGAAGGAAACAUGUUUGAGAAGUGGAUCAACAAGGAUGGGAACUUCUCCAAGGCAGACGUUGUAUCACAUCCUGGAGUCAAGAUCGUCGGCCAGUCCUCCUUCGUUGACUUUGAUGGAGACGGGAACCAGGACCACCUCCUCCCCGCCUGCUCCGACGACGCCUGCCAGCAGAGCACCAUCUACCUGUGGAGGGAUUCUAAACAGUGGGUUCCAGUCCUGUCAGAUUUCAAGCAGAAAGAAACGCUGUGGGGUUUUGUACCGGGAAACAUCACCCAUCCGCUGGUGCUUCACCAUGGAGACUAUAACCUGGAUGGAUUCCCCGACGCCCUGGUCAUCCUGCGCAACACCAGCGGCAGCGGCCAGCGAGCCUUCCUGCUUGAGAACGUUCCCUGCAACAACCCCAGCUGCGAGAGCGUCGGCCGGAUGUUCCACAUCCACUGGGACCUGACGGACCUGGGAGCCGUCCAGAACGCCGUCGUGGCCACGUUCUUCGACAUCUACGAGGACGGGAUAUUAGACAUGCUGGUCCUGAGCCAGCCAGAGGGCAAAAAUGAGUUGAUUAUCCACGCUCUGAAGAAUAAUUUUGAAGCUGAUGCCUACUUUGUGAAAGUGAUGGUGCUCAGCGGCCUCUGCUCAAACGCCUGUCCUGACGACGUCAAGCCGUUCGGUGUGAAUCAGCCCGGUCCCUAUGUCAUGUACACCACGGUGGACUCUAAUGGAUACCUGAAAAACGCCUCCGCCGGUCAGCUCAGCCAGUCGGCCCACUUCUCCCUCCAACUCCCCUACACCGUUCUGGGUCUGGGACGCAGCGCCAACUUCUUGGAUCAUUUGUUCGUCGGCAUCCCCCGCGAGCCUGGAGACUCGGUCAUAAGGAAGCAGGAGUGGACGGCCAUCAUCCCCAACUCUCAGCUCAUCGUCAUCCCGUUCCCCCACGAUCAGCCCCGCAGUUGGAGCGCCAAACUGUACCUCACCCCGAGCAACAGCGUGCUGCUGACGGCCAUCGCGCUGAUCGGAGUCUGCAUCUUCAUCCUCGUCAUCAUCGGCAUCCUCCACUGGCAGGAGAAGAAAGCCGACGACCGGGAGAAACGGCAGGAGGCUCAUCGUUUCCACUUCGAUGCCAUGUGAAGAUCCUCCACCCGGACCCCCGGACUCAUCACAAGGGCCAAUAAACGGAUCCUCAUUUGCCUAAAAAUGUUUCUUUUUGAUAUUUUCCCAUGUUUGAGUCAGAUGUUAGAUGUUUAAAGUCCCUUUGAUGUUUUAUUUUAACCCCAGAGUUAGAAGUACAGGAGCUGCAACGAGAACCCCCCCAGAAAUCCCUCUCACACUGAAGGGGGGAGUUUCUCUGGACUAAGUGAAGCUGGCAGCUCGAUCUGGAGACGGAUUCCUGCUGAAACCUGUUCCUGCUUUAGCCCCUGAGAUGUGCAUGUGCUUUACGUCUGUUGUCUUUGUGUAAUUAAACCGAUGGAGAUGAUCUGAUACCGAGGAAACACCGAACCUUCACCCCGGAGGGGAUGAGCGGCCUUCACGUCUGCCGAUGCAGAUCCAUCUCCUCCUGAGCUGAUUGUCUCUCCGCUCAUCCCGGGAGUAAAUACGGCUUCAUAUCUACUGGAUUCACGGUUUCAUUUUAAUCUUUUAAACUCUGCAGCUCCGGUGCUGCUGGUGGGUGUUUGAAGGGGGUGCAGCUCAAGCCCGUCCACGUUUCUUUUGCACUUUUGUAACUGUCGAUUAACUGGCUGCAUGUAAUUUAUUUCAUGAUGUGGAUUUAACAGGUGAAUGUUUAAUAAGCUGCUUAAUGUGCUGAUCUACUGAGGCUGAGAAUAAAGGUUUCUUAACUUAA